AUGCUUAGGUCCGUCCCGACACAGAACGAUGUUCUCGUUCCCGAGACUCUCCUGAAGAAGCGCAAGUCGCAGGAGAAGGCUCGCGCUGAGCGUGCUGCCGAGCAGGAGAAGCGGAAGAAGGCCAACAAGGAGAAGCGUGGCGUCAUCUUCAAGCGUGCUGAGAAGUACGUCAAGGAGUACCGUGACGCCGAGCGGGAGAAGAUCCGCCUUGCUCGCCUCGCCAAGCAGAAUGGCUCUUUCUACAUUCCUGCUGAGGCGAAGCUGAUCUUCGUCAUCCGCAUCAAGGGUAUCAACAAGAUCCCUCCCAAGCCGCGCAAGAUCCUUCAGCUCCUCCGCCUGCUGCAGAUCAACAACGGUGUCUUCGUCCGCGUUACCAAGGCCACCUCCGAGAUGAUCAAGGUUGUCGAGCCGUGGGUUACCUACGGUUAUCCCAACCUCAAGAGCGUCAAGGAGCUGGUGUACAAGCGCGGCUACGGCAAGGUCAACGGCCAGCGCAUCGCCUUGACCGAUAACGCCAUCAUCGAGGAGAACCUCGGCAAAUACGGCAUCAUUUGCAUGGAGGAUCUCAUCCACGAGAUCUAUACGGUUGGCCCCAACUUCAAGCAGGCCGCCAACUUCCUCUGGCCCUUCAAGCUCAGCAACCCCACCGGUGGCUUCCGUCCCCGCAAGUUCAAGCACUUCAUUGAGGGUGGUGACCUGGGUAACCGGGAGGAGCACAUCAACGCUCUGAUCCGCCAGAUGAACUAA